AUGGCAGUGGCGCGCAUAGUGGCGGCGUUUUACCCCAAGUUCGAGAACGAAUCCGCGGAUGGCGAGGUCCGCGGGGAGAUGGAGCGGCUUGUCGGCAAUGGCGUUGGCGUUCUCGAGGUAUCAGUGAAGCACAGCGGCUCGCUCUUUCUGUGGGCGGGGGCGAGGAGAGGCGCGUAUGCUAAGAACUCCUUCGGCAACGAGUACUCAGCAGUGGGCGUGUGGGUGCUGGGAGAAACUCUGCGCAACGCGUGGGGGGAGGGCGUGGUGCGGCAGAAGCAGAGGGAGCUGAGCGACUACCUGGAGGGCGUGGUGCGGCAGAAGCAGCGGGAGGUGAGCGACUACCUGGAGGUCAGUCACUCACUUCACUGGGCUGGGGUUAUGGCGGAGCCAGUGACGGAAGCUGCCACUCGCAAUCGCAUGGCGGUGGGCAUGGAGCUGGUCACAUCGGUACUGGGGAAUCAUUUCGCGGGCAGAGACCGCCGCAAGCCUAUGCGCCAACAACCCCUCACUCGCGUUCCCCUCCCUCCCCUAUGCACACACACACACACUUGGCAGCGCCAUCGCAUGGCGGUGGGCAUGGAGCUGGUCACAUCAGUGCUGGGGAAUCACGGGCAGAGACCGCUGCAAGCCUAUGCGCCAACAACCCCUCACUCGCGUUCCCCUCCCUCCCCUAUGCACACACACACACACUUGGCAGCGCCAUCGCAUGGCGGUGGGCAUGGAGCUGGUCACAUCAGUGCUGGGGAAUCACGGGCAGAGACCGCUGCAAGCCUAUGCGCCAACAACCCCUCACUCGCGUUCCCCUCCCUCCCCUAUGCACACACACACACACUUGGCAGCGCCAUCGCAUGGCGAGACCGCUGCAAGCCUAUGCGCCAACAACCCCUCACUCGCUUUCCCCUCCCUCCCCUAUGCACACACACACACACGGCAGCACCAUCGCAUGGCUGUAGGCAUGGAGCUGGUCACAUCAGUGCUGGGGGAUCACGGGCAGAGACCGCUCCAAGCCUAUGCGCCAACAACCCCUCACUCGCUUUCCCCUCCCUCCCCUAUGCACACACACACACACGGCAGCACCAUCGCAUGGCUGUAGGCAUGGAGCUGGUCACAUCAGUGCUGGGGGAUCACGGGCAGAGACCGCUGCAGGAUUAUGUGGUGGUGACAGCAGUCACGGACAUGGCAAGCCACCCUCCGCGCUUCCUCUCCACACCCGAGGUGCUGCGCUUCUGUCACACCUGGCGCCUGCCCUUCAACUCCUACUGGCUCUUCCAUUCUUCGUACGCCCCUCCCUCUUCCCUCCAAAGGCGGUCGUGCUCACAGCUGUUUGCAGCAUACUCAGCGCUGAGUGAGGAGGGCACGGCGCACUCAGUAGAGGAGACGCUCACUGGAAUCGCAGACGUCACCAUUGCAGGCACUGCGUCGCAUGGGAAGCUUCAAGGAAACAUCAUGGAGGGGCUGGUGGCGAGGCUGGUGAGCCCCAGGAGCCUGCAGCAAGUGAGAGAGCUCAAGGCAGAGAUGCUGGCCGGCCCGGCGCCCAGCUAUCCCGUGGGAGCAGGCACGAGGCUGAGAGAUCUCUUCUCUCAACACGACUCCAUGCGCGAG